GUUCUCGCGGCGACCUCUCGUUCUCGCCGCUGAUUGGUCGAGGAGGGGAGGGUGGGGCCUGCUGCUGGCUGCCGCCUGGGCUCGCCCUGAGGAGAGGAGCGGACGGGGUCAUGUCGGCGGCGGACGGGGCCCGGGCGGGUGUCAAGGAGGGCCCAGGCGGCGCGGCGGGUGGUGGCUGCGGCCUCCUCAACCAUUUCGUGCAGCUGUCGGGCAGGCCGCGCUCGGCGGGCCAUAGAUCUCCACCAGCAAGAAGCGGCCAUCGUUGCGUGGCAGAUAAUGCCAACUUGUAUGUGUUUGGAGGCUACAAUCCUGACUACGAUGAGUCUGGUGGGCCAGAGAACGAAGACUACCCACUCUUCAGGGAACUCUGGCGGUACAACUUUGCUACAGACACCUGGCAUCAGAUGGGCACUGAAGGCUACAUGCCCAGGGAACUAGCCUCCAUGUCACUUGUAUUACAUGGCAACAACCUGCUUGUGUUCGGGGGCACCGGGAUCCCCUUUGGGGAGAGCAAUGGCAACGACGUCCAUGUCUGCAAUGUCAAGUACAAAAGAUGGGCUCUGCUUAGCUGCCGAGGAAAGAAACCCAAUCGAAUCUACGGCCAGGCCAUGGCCAUCAUCAAUGGUUGUCUCUACGUGUUUGGAGGAACAACUGGUUACAUUUACAGUACCGACCUACACAAACUAGACCUCAACACUAGAGAGUGGAUCCAGCUGAAACCGAACAAUAUGUCCUGUGACAUGCCAGAGGAGAGGUACAGACAUGAAAUUGCACAUGAUGGUCAACGGAUUUAUAUCUUGGGAGGUGGAACUUCCUGGACAGCUUAUUCCUUAGAUAAGAUCCAUGCAUACAACCUUGAAACCAACACCUGGGAGGAAAUUGCCACAAAACCUCAUGAAAAAGUCGGCUUCCCAGCAGCCAGAAGAUGCCACAGCUGCGUUCAGAUAAAAAAUGAUGCGUUCGUUUGUGGAGGCUAUAACGGAGAAGUGAUCCUGGGAGACGUUUGGAAGCUGAAUCUGCAAACUUUCCAGUGGGUCAAGCUCCCAGCUGCCAUGCCGGAACCAGUGUAUUUUCACUGUGCUGCUGUCACACCAGCCGGCUGCAUGUAUGUUCACGGAGGGGUGGUCAACAUCCAUGAAAACAAACGGACUGGCUCGCUGUUUAAAAUGUGGCUGGUGGUACCUAGCCUGCUGGAACUGUCGUGGGAGAAGCUUCUGGCAUAUUUCCCUCAUCUAGCAACUCUUUCCAGAUCUCAGCUUUUGCACCUUGGACUGACGCAGGGACUUGUUGAGCGACUAAAAUGAGAACAUCUCAUGCUUCUGUCUGAGACACGCUACGUUCAAGAAGCCCCCUCCCACCCCACUAUUUAUGGAUAGCGUGGAUGGUCUUGCUAAGAACCUGGAGGAACCCGCUCAACGCCUUACUCAGCAAAUACAUCGAUGCCUUCCUAGAAAUUUUUACUUUAAGUUGUUGAAAAUCCAUUUUUUAUUUAUGGAGCUCUAAAUUACACCAUUAAUCCAAAAUAUUCUCUGGGGCUAAUCCAUACCAUCCAACCAUCACUCUCAUCAGCACACGCUUGCAACUUAAUUGGGGAGGGUGGAGAGCUUGGUGAAUGUCUGAGCCCAUGCUUACACGUGGCGCAUUCAACUUACUAUUUUCACAAGCUGUAUCUAACAGAGAACAUUCACUGCAGAACAACAGCCAACCUGUUCUUUUGCUUUGGAUGAUACUCAUCCCCCUAACACGCAGCUGAGCCCUCCCUCUAUAAAUCCGAGAACUUCCGCUUGAAGGCUUUGCAUGUGUUUCGUGGGCAUGUUCCCAUCUCUUUGAGCUUCAGAAGACGGCUGGAACGUCGCACAGGGCAGGGAGCGAAGCUUUGCCCGUGCAGCUUUUCUGGUGCAGUGUGCAGUGAUUUGAAACACCCUGUGUCUGUGUUCCUCACCUUUUCAUAUUGAAAGGUUUGCUUGGAAGACUGGUUAAAAGUUACCACUUAAUGGACUACUGUGUAGUUUACUCGGGGUGGUGAGGGGAGGGAAAAGGUUUUGCUGAAUCCUUUUUAACUCUUUCUGCUCACAUUGCUAACUGCAAAAAAAACCCUCACCCCGUAGAUUUCAGAGCUGUCUUUUAACCCACAGCGUGUUCUACCCCGUGCUUGGGUGCAAGCCACCCACGCCAACCCUGUCCUGGUUAUCAGCGGACUCUAACGUGUAACUGUAAGCUUUUUGUUUUGCUCCCUCCCACGCAUCAUGCGUUGACCUUGUUCUAGUUAGCUUCAUGUUCCUCCGGGGGGUGGAGGAUGUUACUGGUGCAUGUGGUUUUAAUGCAGGUCCUUGGAAGCUUGUGGAUCACUCAUCCCAGGAAACACAGCAUCAAAAAAAAGGGGAGAGAGAACAUCUCUCCCUCUUGCUGGGAGCAGUGGUCAUCUCUGCACAGGCCAGGGAGGAAAGGAUGGCUGGCUCGUGUCUGUACUGUAAGGUAGCUCUAGAGACCACGUGUAAGUGACCAUCAAACUCCCAGCAGCUCCACGUAGCUGGCAUCAGGUUUGUGCAAAAUCCUUUUCAUUUUUAAGUGCCUUUUUUUUAAAAAAAAAAAAAAAAAAAAAUCAGUUUUUCCCAGUACCUUCUCCUUCCAUCAAAGGCAAAGGUUAAACUCUGGGGGUUUAGUUUCUUUUUAAGAGGUUGCAUUUAUGUUUAAAUAAAUCAUAGCAUUGUUUUUAUGUUAAUCUGAACAGCAGUGGCUGAUCAAGUCACCGCUACCCAGCUUAGGGAGUGGUUCAGGUGAAGUGUUACCACUUGCCCCAACCUUAAGCUUCCCCUGUUCUUGGGGAUACAAUUUUCCCCCUCCUGUAGCCUCAGCUGCUGGUUUAUUGUUUUAGUUUGGGGCUGUUUUUUCCCCAAGACCCAGGAAAAAUAAAAGUUG